CAAAACAGCUGAUUAGAAGGAGAUAGCACGAGGCUGCAGGUGCACUAAAAUCGCCACUUAUUUAUUUAUUUUUGUAUUUUCAAAAAAGAAGGCGCUGGCGGAAAAUCGACAGGCGGAAAAUUCAGCCCAGAGUGACAGAGCAAAGUGAGAAAGUGACCAGCAGCGAGAUGACGAGUCGCCAGCGAACUGUGAUUAUAUUCAAAUCGGAGUCGGAAAGCAGCGAUGUGUACGCAGAAACGCUGGAGAAGCACGAUUUCAAUCCGGUGUUCGUGCCCACGCUGAGUUUCGGCUUCAAGAACCUGGAGGAGCUGCGCGCCAAGCUCCAGAAUCCGGACAAAUAUGCCGGCAUCAUUUUCACAUCGCCGCGCUGCGUGGAGGCUGUGGCUGAAUCCCUGAAUCUGGGCGAGCUGCCCGGCGGUUGGAAGAUGUUGCAUAACUAUGCCGUCGGCGAGGUGACCCACAAUCUGGCGCUGAGCACCUUGGACCAGCUAUUCACCCACGGCAAACAGACGGGCAAUGCCCGGGCAUUGGGCGAAUAUAUAGUGGACACCUUCGAUGGAUCUCGUGCACUGCCGCUGCUCCUGCCGUGCGGCAAUCUGGCCACCGAUACGCUGCUGUCCAAGCUGGCCGAGAAUGGCUUCUCAGUGGAUGCCUGCGAGGUGUACGAGACGCGCUGCCAUCCCGAAUUGGGCGCAAAUGUGGAGCGGGCGCUGGAGAUCUACGGCGAGUCAAUCGAAUUCCUUGCCUUCUUCUCGCCAUCGGGCGUCAAUUGUGCGCAGCAGUACUUCACCAGCCGCCAGUUGUCGAUGGACAAAUGGAAACUGGUGGCCAUCGGGCCGAGCACCAGGCGUGCCCUCGAAUCGCAGGGCCUGAAAGUCUACUGCACCGCCGAGCGGCCGACGGUGGAGCACCUGGUCAAGGUGCUGCUGAAUCCGCAGGACAGCCGGGAGCGGCUGCUCAAGGAGCGCGAGCGGAUGGCGGCCCUCGAGAAUAACAAUUAAGAUGCGUACUCCUAAGAUUCGUUAAGCUUUCGCAGCUCCAUCACCGUCCUCCUCAGCUAAUGAAACCCCCGAGCAAUCGCCACUUCCUUACCCAGGCUUAAUCAUCGGAUCUAUUAUCUUUGCGAGUACAAAUCCAAGUGGAGAUCUUAUUGCCUGAACCCAGUAGUUAUCCUCAAGUAACUAUGAUCCCGCCAUCUGUAAUUUCCUUUUUAUAUCUACGACUCCACCAUUAAGAUGUGCAAGCCUAAGAUUUUAAUCAACGGAUCUGUAGUGCUGAAAGUAACGUGUCCCAUUUAAAUUUUUAAUAAGUUAUGUAGAAAAUGCAGGGCUUUGGAUUUGUGAAAAUUGGAAGGGUAAUCUUUGAAAUUUCGAAUUCCUGUCCAAGUUUUUCUCUCUUGAUUAGAAAUCCAAGGAUAGGUAAUUAGUUUCCUGAUCGAAACGUAAAAAAGACUAGAACUCAUGGUUUGUUUUUUUCGAUUGACCUCCGAGCGAGUACAAAAUUAGCGUGCAUGAAAUGCCGACGUCUUUAUUUUCUGUUUACUAUUGGAUUAGGCUGAAUAAAUUGUUUCUUUUCUAAAUUUA